AAACAUUUAAGAGUGUAUAACAAUGUGUAGCUGUAUUUCCCACAAUUCACCACGUUAACUGGGAGGCUGGAAUAUGACGUUUAUAUUUAAUCAUGGUACCGCUAGGGAGGGGAUGGGAAGAAAGUGCUAGCAACCCUAAACAUAAAGUCUAACGACGUUUUCUCUGCCUUGGUAUAGCAAGUGUGCCGUCCUCUGCGCCCGGGCGAGAGAGGCGGCCAAGGACCAUGAGCGAGAAGGGCCCUCACACUGAGGCGCCGAUGUACCUCACGGUGGAGGUGGACCAGCUUCCGCGGGACGAGGACGAGGACGAGGAGCAGAUGGCCAACUACGGCAAAGAGGAUGACCUGAUGCCCAACCGCCCCUCCUCCUCCUCGGGCCGCGUGUACGACCGCACCACGGUGCUCAUCGAGCAGGACCCCAUCCGAUUGGACGAGGAAGGCGAGGAGUACAUCCACUGCGGCGGGGACGACGACGGGGUCACCUUCCUCACCGAGGGGGAGGGUGACGAGGAGGGCUCCCUAGCCUACAUGACGGACCCUGACGGGAUGUCGCAGGGCUAUGUGCACCAUACCAUCUCGCCGGACCAGAUCCAGUUCAUCAUCAACCCCGGGUCCACCCCCAUGCCACGGAACAUCGAGGGGGCCACCCUCACCCUGCACUCGGAGUGUCCAGAGACCAAGCAAAGAGAGGUGAAGCGGUACCAGUGCAUGUUUGAGGGCUGCACCAGAACCUACAGCACGGCAGGCAACCUCCGCACGCACCAGAAGACACACAGAGGAGAAUACACGUUUGUGUGCAACCAGCAGGGCUGUGGCAAGGCCUUCCUCACCUCCUACAGCCUUAAGAUCCACGUGCGCGUCCACACCAAGGAAAAGCCCUUUGAGUGUGACGUGCAGGGCUGCGAGAAGGCCUUCAACACUCUCUACAGACUGAAAGCACACCAGAGACUGCACACGGGGAAGACUUUCAACUGUGAAUCGGAAGGAUGCACAAAGUACUUUACGACGCUCAGUGACCUGAGGAAGCACAUUCGUACACACACUGGGGAGAAACCAUUCCGGUGUGACCAUGACGGGUGUGGCAAAGCAUUUGCUGCUAGCCACCACCUAAAGACGCAUGUACGGACACAUACAGGGGAAAAGCCUUUCAACUGUCCCAGCGAUGGCUGUGAGAAGACCUUCAGCAGCCAGUACAGUCUGAAGAGUCACAUCCGAGGCCACGACAAAGGCCAGCCUUUCAGCGUGACCUUAACCCACCCCCUGUCAGAGGAUGCAAAUCAUUCACUAUGCCUCAGUGAUCUAAGCCUCAUCUCUACCGAUUCAGAGCUACGAGAGAACAUCCACAACUCUCAGAACAUGGAUCUGAACAGUGUCACCCCCAUCAGGAUCUUUGAGCUCAUGUUUCAGAGUCCAGAACAUAGUGAACACAGUCAAGACGAUGUUCAUCAUCGAGAGAGUUUUGUGGAAGUCUUUGGCCUGGACACUCCUACCCAACCUACAGUGAGUGACGGUUCCUCCCUCCUCUCCUUCCCCCUGCCCCCCUGCUCCUCGUCCUCCUCACCCUGCUCCCACACCACCCCGGUCGCGGAGGGCCCCUGCCAGCUCAGCCAGACACCCUCUCAGACCCCGACGCCCAUCAGCUCCGCAAUCGGCUCCACCCAGCCCGCCCCCUACGUCUCCUUAGCCGGCCCAACGCCAGACGUGCCCGACCAUGCCCCGGGGGCCGGCGCUGCAGUCCAGCAGCACUAUGUUGCCGUGUCGCCCGCGUUCCUUCAGCCAAAGGGCAAGACUCCGACCGGGGCGGCGGCGCCCCCUGCGGCCUCCGCUCCGCCAGCUCCGGCCCUGAGCGCCGCGGUGCCGUGUGCCGCUGCUGUUGCCGCCCCCAACACGGAGGCACCGCCGCUGCCGCCAGCCACGGCUCACAAUGUGCCUUUAGCCCCCAACACCAGCCCGGGCCUGACUCCCACCCCCACCACCAUUACCAUCGGGUCCAGCCAGGGCCUGCUGCCGUCCAGUAUCGUCAUGUCGGACCAGAACCUGCAGUGGAUCCUCAGUAGCGCCGCCAACAGCCAGCAGAACUCGGACACAACGACUCACCAAGGAGGGACAAAAGUUGAGAAAGUUUUCUUCACCACUGCCAUACCUGUGGGAGGAAACCCAGGCAACGCUGUUCAGCAGAUCGGCCUCAGUUUGCCAGUCAUCAUCAUCAAACAGGAGGAAUCCUGCCAGUGUCAAUGUGCCUGCAGGGACUUGGCUAAAGACAGGAGCUCCAACAACAAGAGCACUAACACAGCCACAGCAGUCAUAGCAGCACAGCAACCUCCGGAUCCUCCUGCUCCUCCUCUCCCACCUCCACCUCCCGAGGCUCCUUAUCCACCUGUUCCCCCUGCCCCGUCACCCCCCUCCUGCUGCCUCCCCCAGUCCCCCUCUCCUGGGGGCGAGAUCCUCCCCCAGGGGGAAGCAGAACCGGGCAGCACUCCGUCGUCCACUCAGACGUUCCCCACGGCGGCCACCAACCCUUCUCCCCCCGAUGGCCUGUCCAACAUGGACGUUUCCGACUUCCUGUCUCUGCAGAGCCCGGAGACGGACGCCAAUAUCGAGGCUCUGCUGCUGGUGGCUGAUGACUUUGCUAUGGCUGGCAGCAGGAGCAACAUCAACCCCUAGGCAGGAGGGGAGGGAUCGACGACUUGACCACUCUUCAGCUGAAACCGCCUCGUCAGCCGGAACCCACUCCCUCGUCAUGCACACGUCCCCCAUGUUCACGUCCAUCUUGUCCUCUUCCUUUUCGUGUGCAGGCACUCCCCUCACCAAGUGUUCCAUGUCUCUACCUGUAGUGUGUUUUUGUUUGGCCUAGUAGACACAUUUCAAAGACUACAAUAGAACUAUUUGAAUCAGUUGCUGCGAAUGGUCGAGGUGCAGUCGUUUUUGGCGAUAGUGUUAGCAUAUUGCUAACAACACAUAUCGAUGGCUGCAUAUGAAAUUGAGAAUUUUGCAUGACUUGGCGCUCUCAUUGCCAAGCAAUAAAACAAAACUAGACUUGUUGUCUAAUCAAGCACUGUAGUGAACUAGCCAGCAUACUAUAUACCUUUCAACUAGUAUGCUUUUGACCAGAAUGUACUGCAUGUAAUGUAAGUCAUUUGGUUUUUAUCCAGUACCACCAGGAAUUGGACGUUGUUGGGCAGUGUUAUCUUACUCAAGCAAUGUCUAUUGACAGCCAUUGCAUAAAAAGUAAUCAUGACAAAUUUGUCUAGGAAGGUUAUUGUAUUCCAGAAAAUGUGAUUUCCUUUGGUUUCAUUUGUAUUAUUGGUAUUGUGGCUGUUUUCCAUACACAAGUAUUACAAAUUGAAACAACCUUUGAGAAUUUGAUUGCCUUUUAAAUUUGAUUUGGAAGUCAAAUCACUAUUUUCAGGUUUCCAGUAACUUUAUUAUUUAAGUGAUAACAGAUUAAUUUAUUGAGAGCUUAAUUCUGCUUACUUUUGCUGUCUUCUCUCAAGCAAGCAUCAUGGACAAAGUAUCAAUCUUUUUAUUAUUAUUAUUUAUUUCAUUGCCUGCUUAGGAGUCCUUGUAGUUGUCCUCAUAUGUUACUGAUUGGAGUCUACGGUACCCUCCCUCCCCCUCCAUUUUCUUUGUUCUCAAAGACACAAGAACAUUGCAGUAUUGCAUCUAUUAAUUUUGAUAUUUUGAUCUUCUGGUUUGCGAAAGCCUUUGGCAAUCAAGAGACAUUUAUAUAUAGCCUGACCCUCUCAGGGAUGCACGGUGAUACAGGUUGAUCAUCAGACAUGCAAUGGACUGCCAGAUACCAUUAUUGCAGCCCUGUUUGUGCUGCACUUUCUUCUUCUUACUUUUAUGUGCACUACCUUCCCCCCCCCCCCCCCCAGUUACUCAAAUGCCUAGUUAUCUGCAGCACUAAUACAUUCUUCAUUUGUGAACCACUGCUGUAAAAGGGUGUACAUAUAACAUCUAGUCAUAUACAUUUUAUCUUGUUAGAAUGAUCUAGAAUUUGUAUUUUUGUAUAGAAUUUUGAAUUGUCUAAGUGUGGAAGUCGGAGCCUUCAGAGAAUACCACCCUUACUCUUUUUUUAUUUUUAGCAUUAGCCUUCGAGACAUUCAUCUUAUGCAGACGAUUGACAAAUUUACAAACUUACCGAUUUUAGAUAUCGGCGCUACUGUACACAGUACCUUCUAAUAUGUGCAUAUGUAAUUUGCUUAGAGUAUAAUAUAACAUUAUUGUUUUACAAGGGACACAAUGCAAUGACACCACAGAAGGCAUUACUUCCAUUGGGUAUAGAGCUGCACGGCCUUAAAUGUUAUCCCACUUACUGUGGCUUACGCGCCUCCUUGCCUUGUCAGUCUCUGCCUAUGACUUGCCAUGACGUUGCCCAUCUGGCCACUAUACCCUUUUCAUCAGUUUUUGUUUAAAUGCCUUUGUGCAGCAGUCUAUACAAGGAUAUCAACUAAUUUGUUUGAUAAUUUCCGUGCCAAUGAUGCAGCCUAAUCUCCACGUUUGACAAUUUUGCGUAUCAUAGAAAUAUGCAUCUAUUCAGCAAAACAGUAGCCUGAAAUGUUAAGAUUCCUCGUACUGUACUGCAGUGAAUAUCAUCCAUUUUACAAUUGACAGGACACCCAAGAGAAAUUCCAUUCAUAUUGAAACUGUAUACACAUUGUUGUUUUGUCAUUGUACUUUUAUUUUGCUAUCGAACUGAUUAUGAAUAGAUGGACUGAGAAUCACACAGGAAUGAUGUAUUCUGUCAGAAAUAUUUUUCUAACAGGCAUAAAGCAGUUGACAUGUGGAUAUCUAAAGGAAUUUGAAUGAUCUUUGCCGUUUUACUAUCUGAAAUGUACCAGAUAUAUUUUAAUAUCAAUGCAUACUAUACGUAUGUGUAUGUGGGGCUAUUCACUGUACUGUAAAACGCUUAAAAUUAGCAUUUUAUUAAGAUUAUUGAAUAUAUUAUUUCUUUUUUGUUAGCACUUAGAUUUGGGUCCACUACUAGAAUAAUAUAAGUGUCUAGAUGACAAAAUCCUUAAUUUGUUUCUUAUUGAAGUGUUGUCCCAUAUUAAAUGUCGGUCAGCUUGAAUAAUUGUAAAUAUGAACUCGGCAUAACCCAUGAUUGACUUGCAAUCAAUUUCAUGCAUCCCUUUGAGGAAAAGUACCUAUGCAAUUAUUUGACUGCAGCAUUCCCAAAGGUGAAAUGUACCAAACAUAUUGACCAUUUUUCACUGAAGUCAUCAGAUAUUUCCCAUAUUCGGUAUGCAGAUUCACAUGUACUAUAAAGGCUAAUGAAGGUUGUUUGUAAAAUUACACACAAAAAAUACAACAUACUUCAUUCUUUGACCAACACACCUCAAUUACUCACUCCUAUACGACUGCUAUAAGGGUCCAUAUUAUUAUACUCUAUGGGUUGUGUUGAGUGGUGAAUAUGGGCAUUUGAGUAUUUGUAUUUUCAUCCAUUACUUUCCAGUAAGUUGUCUUUUUUUACCUUUUUCUUUUCUCCAUUUUGAGUUACCUGGUUAUAUACUGACUGGAUUUACUUGGAAAGGAACCUGUAAAAUCACUGAUUCUGUUGUAAGAAUUAUUUGGGUCAUGUGUGCUGCAGUUUUUACGUUAUGGGUAAAAAUGAUUUGUCACAUUUUGUUAUAUUUUCACUAAAGUCAUCUCAAUCUUUUGUGUCUUUCUGUAUUGGUAAUACAAAUCCAACCCAAUUUGUAUGCCCAUUGAAAACAUGUAGACCAAGAUGUGUUCUUUAGAACCCAAACAAACCCAAUUUUUGCCUUUAAAAAGGUACCUUUAUAGCUGCUGACUAUUGCUGGGCAGGCAUUGUGAACAUCUUGUGCAUGGAAACAAUACUCUCCCUGGAAGGAAGUUCAAGUUUUGAGGGCAUUGGGGCACUUGUUUGGAAACUGGUUGUUUUUCUUCAGAUGUACCAGUUUGGAAAGAAUGCAGUGGCAACAGGCUUUUUUGAACUUUGUAUAUAGUUAGGGAUACUUGUGCUUGUUGGAAAAAUGUUUAAUGGGUAACAGGAGGGGGAAACGAAAUGCUUCCAAAGGAAUGUCUUCAGUACCCAAAGAGUAAGGAAUUGUAAAGGAUUUGUAUUUUUUAAAAGAAUGUACAAUGUGAAAAUGGUUUGCUUAUGCUUGUUUUGUAUAAAGUAAUAUUGUACUAUGAUAAAGUAAUAACUUUUUGAAUUGAGAGCAAUAUAAUACUAAUAAAAUCUUACCUGAUUUGUCAA